CUUUCAUUCCAGUCACAGACAGCAGCUAGGACAACAGCAAGGGUUCUUUGGUUUGUCCAUCUGGGAGAACACUAUAGUUUCUAUGUAGAAGCUAGAAAGGGUUGUCCUUUCAGAAAACAUUCCAGAUGUCUGGAGGAAUCUUCUCUCCUUUGGAUAAACUUUUCGACCCAGACAGUGCAAACUGUCACCCCUUGGUAUGCCACUUGUGCCGGGAACAGUAUGAGCAUCCGUGCCUAUUGGACUGUUACCACACUUUCUGUGCCAGCUGCCUGCGCGGUAGAGCUGUGGACAGCCGGCUCACUUGCCCCUUCUGUGGCCACCAGUCUAUUGUGAAAGGGGUGAAUGCACUCCCUCCAGAGGACCGCCUGCUGAAGUUCUUGGUGGAUAAUUCUGCGGACAGUGAGGAAGCCGUGCAGUGUGCCAACUGUGACUGGGAGUGCAAGAAACAGGAUGUGGAUGCAAUGUAUUAUUGCAACACUUGCAACCAGCCCCUGUGUGGAAACUGCAGAGAAGCCACCCACAAGGCCAAGAUGUUCUCGCGCCAUGAAAUUGUUUCCCUGGCCAAGCGCACCAAGGAAGCCCACAAAAAGUGUGCCCUCCAUGAAGAACUAUACAUCAUGUUCUCUACGGAGAAGAAGUCUAUGCUUUGCAUCAACUGUUUCAGAGACAUGCCAGUGGAGAGCAGAGCGCACUGCAUUGAUAUUGAGACAGCCUAUAUGCAAGGCUGUGAAAAACUGGACCAAGCCGUUUUAGCUGUGAAGGAGCUCCAGACAUCAGCAAGAGAAGCCAUUGUCCUACUGAAAGCUAUGAUUGGAGAAGUCAGGGCGAAUGUGGAUGAGGAGGAGAGUGCAAUUUGUACCCUUUUUAACAGCAUGCAGGAAAAACUAGCAGAGAGAAAGAAGAUACUGCUCAAGGCAGCUCAAAGCCAGCAUGAGGAAAAGGAACGAGCUUUUAAAGAGCAGCUGUCACACCUGGCUGCACUGCUGCCAACUCUCCAGGUCCAUCUGGUUACAUGCUCUGCUUUCCUUAGUUCAGCAAAUAAGUUUGAGUUUCUAGACAUGGGUUAUCAACUGAUGGAGAGGUUAAAGAAGAUUGUAAAGCUGCCUCACAGACUGAGACCAUCUCAGAGCAGUAAGAUAAACACGGAGUAUCGCUCUGAAUUUGCCCGCUGUCUGGAGCCCCUGUUACUUCUGGGUCAACGACGCUCAGUGUCCACGGCAGGCAGCAUCUCAGGACUGGGCAAUAGCGGUGGACUGCUGCCAUCUGUGACCUGUCACUCCCCAACAGGCGGACACAUGACACUAGAUUCUUCAGUGGUCCGAAAGCCCACUUCUCACCGCUACAUCAGCACUAAAGUCCUCCUGGCUGAGGGUGGAGAGAGUCCCUUCAUGGAGCACUGCAAAAAUUAUGAGAACAGCUACAAGAAUUUGCAGACAGAAAUCCAGAAGCUUAAGGACCAGGUGCAGGAGAUUCACAGAGACCUGACUAAACAUCAUUCCCUCAUAAAGACAGACACCAUGAGCGAGAUCCUGGAUAGGUCUCUGGAGAUGGAUGGCGAGAUCUCAUCAGAAUACGCAUCUGUCGAGCUAAUGAGGGCCAUGUUUGAGGAAAUCUGGGAGGAGACGUACCAAAGGGUGGCAAAUGAGCAAGAAAUUUAUGAAGCACAACUUUAUGACUUAGUUCAGUUGAAGCAAGAGAACUCUUACCUGACGACUAUUGCUCGGCAAAUUGGUCCUUACAUCCAAUCCAUAGCAAAGGUGAAGGAACGCUUAGAACCCAGCAGGCUCAAGGAGCCAAAGGAGCUUAAAGAUGACCGCACUGAGACUAUGCUGAAAAUUUAUGAGGACAGCAGCAUGGCAGCUGAUACCCAGCACAGCCCCUGGCUAUGCUUCACAGACCUCUUAGAGUCCCCAGACCCCACUUUGAGAACCAAGGGUCUGCAUGAUGACAAUCAAUGAACUAACAUGUACCCAUGAAGACUACUGAACUCUGAACCUAUCCGACGACUCCAACCUCAAAAGCAAGGACCUGUACAGGCUGAACAAGCAGAAAUGCUCAACUGACACAAACCACUAUGUCCCUGUUAAUCCACAAGCCAGCUGAUUAAGCAGACCGACAACUUCCUUGACUAAUUGUAGUAUUUGAGAAUUCAAGACAAUAGAUAAGGCAUUGCUGAUGUUUAAAAUGCAAGUGAUCUGCUUUAGAGUGCACUAUUUAAAACAAAGUCGAACAUAAUAUAUUAAAUAUAUUAUUUCUACACGGUCUUUAUAUUAAGUGUUUAUUUCAGAAGUUUGUAGUAGUUCUGUAUGCUCAGUGUCAUAAUCAGGAUUAAUUGUACAGUUCCUUCACAUUUGUAUUUUUGUAAUACUUAAUUUACUGCAACUUGCCAUCCGGCUGUACAUGAAUGAAACCUUUGAGUCUGACAAUUAAUAGCAACUGUUACAGCGGCCAUUCAUUGAAAAGUGCAACAAAUGCUACUUCCUGUCUUCCAGUGAAGCUAGUUCAUGUUGAAAAUGAAGGAUGUAAAGAUGAAUAUAAAUCGCCCUGGAUAUGACUGAAUGUACAUAACCACACAAUGCAUUAUCGGAUUUAGUUAAAUGGACUGGAAGGAUUGGUGAAAAUAUUGACACAAUGAUAAAAUGAGAACAGAAAUAGAAACUGACCAAAAUACAUGCAAUGCAUAGAAGUUAUAGAACAUCAAAAACUCAUCCAUGUGACAAACUUUGUGUAUCCAGUGUGCCCAUACAUACAUCUGUUAGAGUUGGCCACUUCAUGCAGAAUCCAAUUAGCUAGCAGACACUUCUGCCCACUCAACUUAUGGUUGAAUUUUGCCUGCAGCUCCAAGUUUAUUGCCAUUAACUUGGCGCACGAUGUUUAGGAAAAUGUUUAUUAGAGAUUGUCAGCAUUCAGCACUGAGAUCUGCAUGUGCCCAAAACUGCCUGAACAGUGUUAGGAGCAAUCACCAAAAACAAAGUUUAGAAAUAUCAUAAUGUGUAAAACUCCUACAGAAACAUUUCAAAUGUAAUAAAAUUCCUUUUUGUCCAGCCACAUGACAAACGAAUACCAAAUUCAGACCUGCCAUCCCUGAAGAGGAAUAAUGUGG